GCAAAAUCAAAACAUAUAUUCAUUGAAACAUGCCUUCUUCUUCUUCUUCUUCUUCUUCUUCCAUUUCCAUCGUCUCAAAAUGCUCUGUUUUUCCUUAUCAACCUUCCUCCUUGAACUCUGUUAAGCUUAAGCUCUCUGUUUCUGAUCUUCCCAUGCUCUCUUGCCACUAUAUUCAAAAGGGUGUUCUUUUAUCUUCCCCUCCUUACUCCCUUUCUGAUUUCGUCUCCUUUCUCAAGCUAUCUCUCUCCGCCACUCUCUCCCAUUUCCCUCCUCUCGCCGGCCGUUUCUCCACCGAUGCCGACGGCUAUGUUUACAUCCUCUGCAAUGAUGCCGGGGUUGAAUUUAUCGAGGCAAAGGCUAAACAUCUCACCCUCCAUGCCCUUCUUUCCCCUCUUGAUCUUCCGGUUUACUUCAAGGAUUUUUUUUACUUUGAUCGGACUAUUAGCUACUCCGGCCACUCCAACCCCUUACUCGCUGUUCAGGUGACAGAGUUGGCGGAUGGUGUGUUUGUUGGGUGUACUGUCAAUCACGCCGUCACCGACGGGACUUCGUUCUGGCAUUUCUUCAACACAUUUGCUGAAAUUUGCAAAGGGACUAAAAAGAUCUCGAAUUCGCCGGAUUUUAGUAGAAACACUGUUUUCAACUCCCCGGUGCCGCUGAAGUUUCCCGAAGGUGGGCCGGUGGUGACGUUUAACGGCGACGAGCCAUUGAGAGAGAGGAUUUUCCACUUCACUCGAGAAUCCAUUCUGAAGCUGAAGCUGAGGGCCAACAUCAAUAACCAGGUCACCGGAAAGAAACCGGUCAACGGAUUUUACGACGCCGGCAAGAUUUUGGGGAAACAGGGGAAUGACAGUUGGAAAACGGUAGACGGGAACAACGGGACUAAUAACGAGGGGAACAUAACGUCCGUUUUGGAGAAUUUGAUUAAAACGAAUGUCCCGAGUCGGACGGCGGAGAUUUCGUCUUUCCAAUCGUUAUGCGCCCAUCUGUGGCGCUCAGUGACACGUGCGAGAAAAUUAGACGAGUCCAAAACGACGACGUUUCGCAUAGCGGUUAACUGCCGCCACCGACUGAAUCCACAGAUGGAUCCGUACUAUUUCGGAAACGCGAUACAGAGUACUCCGACUGUGGCGCCGGUCGGAGAGCUUCUAUCGAACGAUCUCCGAUGGUGCGCCGAUCUGCUGCAUAAAAACGUGGUGGCGCACAACGACGCCACCGUCCGCCGGGGAAUCGCAGAUUGGGAGAGCCAACCACGGCUAUUCCCGCUGGGUAACUCUGACGGUGCAUCAAUCACCAUGGGCAGCUCACCAAGAUUUCCAAUGUACGACAACGAUUUCGGGUGGGGCCGUCCGAUCGCCGUCAGGAGCGGCAAAGCCAACAAAUUCGACGGUAAGAUCUCCGCCUUCCCCGGGCGAGAAGGAAACGGCAGCGUCGAUCUCGAAAUCGUCCUCUCGCCAGAAACAAUGGCUGGUCUGGAGCGGGACCCAGAUUUUAUGCAGUACGUCUCAACACCGGUAUGAUUGGUCCACCCAAGCGCGGGGCCCGCAAAGUAAAAAUCUCUUUCAACGAAUUAAUUACUUUUUAUGGUAAAAGUAAAAA